AUGAAAUUCGGGCACAAGAAAGACGAGCCGGCCCCUCCAGAUCCGGUCUUCGAUGAAGAUGAAGAUCUCAGCGAAGUUUGGCCACAAGUUGUGCGACAGUAUGAGGAUACCACCAAAAGGAAGCUGGAUGCAAACACGACCUUCAACAGCUUCCAGCUACAGAUUGACGCCGAUAUAAGAGAGUCUUCGACGAAAAGCCAUCAAAACGCCAGAAUCGUUUUGAACAAUAUCGGGAAUUGUCUUGAACAGUUUGGUUGCAUGGUCGCACAAGUGGCGGGUGUGGUCUUCGGGCCCGCUGCGCAAUGCUGGAAUGCUAUCAGUUUCGUCGUUCAAGCAGCUCGGAGCAUUAGCGGUAUGAUGGACGGGUUCGUCAUUCUGAUGGAACGCUCAUCGGCUUUUAUUCGUCGCCUGGUGAAUUUCAUGGAGCAGAAGGUCGGCGAAGGUGGGUCCCACCUACCACGUGUUCUGCGAAGGCCAGCAUACAACAUUCUCUCUCAGUUCUUGAGCGUGCUUCGUUCUUCAUACAAGCUAGCUACCAGCAAGAAAGAGCGGUGGAACAGAUGGGCUGGAAUCGUUCUUUUCAACUCCGACGAUAUGGCAGAAUCGCUCAAACUGAUGGAGGAUCAAAUCCAGGAGUUCACUAAAGCCGAGGUCGAUGAUAUACUGUUUGACGUCAAAGGGCUUGCAAAGCACCUUGUCGCAUCGGAUGAGGAGAGAGCUCGCUAUCAUGAUGAGAUAAACGACCAUUUUCAGACGGUGUACAAAGUCAGCGAUCAGAUCCUAACCGUUACUCAGCAGAUGAAGACGACUUUGGAUGGUCGGGCUAGCCAGGAUCAGCAAGAAAAGAAUCUGGAAAAGAUCGCAAAGUAUCUGGGUUUGAAGAAGCCUGGAGAGUGGGAGACUUGGAACAAGCGACAUAGCGAGCUCUGCAAGACGCAUGUACCGGGGACGGGAGAAUGGCUCAGUCAAGAACAACCCGCAUUCGUGCAGUGGGCUGAUCUAGGCAGGCAUGACAAAACCGUUCUCUUCCUGAAGGCUGACUCCGGCUUCGGCAAGACACAUCUCUUCAAUCAUGUCGUUUCGCAUCUCGAAAAGAACCGCCGGGCUGCACGUGGUCCCGACCAGGCUUUUCUCGCGUACUAUUACUACGGAGAUGACAAGGACGACUCCCUCGAACGAUGCAUUGGAUCCAUCAUCUAUCAGUUUGCAUUUGCGGAUGUUGCAUAUGCUCAAACCGUAGUAGCGGAAUGCGCGCAGCUCGCAAGCGUUGCGCGAGCUGAAGAUCGAUGGAACAAACUGGUUUGGGGAUUGCAGCGUGUCAUGAAAGGGACGUACUUCAUAUGCAUGGACGGCUUCGAUAGCCGUGGUCAACUGGACACUGCAGAGAUGAUGAUAUCCGCUAUCGCAGGUCAGGCUUCCUCUUCAGCCAAGUCAAAUGGGGUUUCUCUACGUCUCUUCAUAUCAGGAAACGAGGAUGCGCUAUCUGACGUCUCACCAGCAAGCAAAGGUGUCGACGUUAUCCUUCUUGGGAAACGUGGAGGCCCUGAAGAAUCCAUGAGACGUGCAGGCAGCGACACAGACAUAGCUUCAGACUUGCUGCCAAACGCGAGCGAUUUGAGAGCUGUCACAAGAGCUAGGAUUGAGGAGGUUUGCAAGAAUAAACCCGGCCUGAAGGCUGUUCUUGAUGACUCGAACAUCGAGCUUCUGCUCGAAGGCAUCCGCGGAAAUUACAGGAACCUGGAGGCCAAGAUCACGGAGAUCAAAGCUUGCGACACGAAAGGAAAUGUCCAGGAAGUUAUCAAUAACACGGGCGCUGACAUGAACGCCGUCCAAAGAAACAGGAUCAAGACUCUAGACGAUCUUCUGACUUCACGUCAGGCUCGGGUACUCAAUGAGCUUCUGGUGUGGGUUGCAGGGUGCAUCUACCCACCAUCGAUCGAGCUGCUCAAGAGCAUUCUCUUCUUUACCAUUGGCGAGGAUUUUCUCCUCGCCGAUCAGAUCACCACUACCUACUCCCCUGUGCUCAUGAUUGACGAGGAGAAUAGAGUGAGAUUUAAGGACGGGCUCAGGGAGAUCUUAUCGACGAGCGCUUCCUCAGGAGCCGAAUCUGCACUCUUCCAGUUACGUGGCGAAACAAUCAGUGAAGGCGAAGUCGGUCUUUGUCGCCGGUUCAUCAAGAAUGUCUGUGCUACAGUGGAUUACGACAGGUUCGGGUUUGAUGAAUUCUUUGAAGCCAUGGCAAAAAAGGUACACAUUCACCUCGACGACGAGAAUGCCGUGAAUGUCACCAUCAUUGACAUGUGCGUCAAUGUUUUGCUCGACGGUCGGAAAGACAAGAAUCUCGAAGCAAUGCGCGAGUAUGCUUCGAUGUGGUUCUAUGAAUACGUCAAUACCCUAGUCAAGGUGCUCGAUGAAUUCGAGCCGAGAAGGGAGUUCAUGACCAGUAUUGGAAGCAAGCUGAUCGACUUGCUUUACGAUUCCAACAUGAUCGAUACAUGGUUCACCAACAAGAAUUUGGUCUCGAUGAAGUACGAUUUCCUCUAUAAGGACGAGUUCAUCGACCCCUUGGUGACGCUGUUGCAACAUUCGCAAGUGGCCAAAGGCUAUUCGAAAGAUGAGCAGAAGAGUGAGUGGGUCAAGUCUGUAACUUCAGACGCAGCGAGCAACUACUCCGUUCUCGAGCGCAUCGCAGCGCGGCUAGCCACACAUUGCUUGGCUGAUGACAAAAACCAGAUAUUCAAACCGGACGGACCUUUUGAAGAAUGGAAUCCGCCUUCAAAUGCCGACGUUGAGGAGUACAUCUGCUGGGUAAAAGAUCACAAGAAUGUCGACAUCGAUAGCUCCACCUGGGAUUACCGCGUGGGAGCUACAUACAUCGUCUUCCAGCACUACAAGGAGGCCAUUGUUGCGUUGGAAAAGGCGGAGCAACACUCUCCGACGAAUUGGGGACUGUUUUUCAAUCUAGCAAGGGCCCAUGAGAACCAAAAGGACUACCGCAUGGCACUUGGAUACAUACAGAACUUCAAAUCGCUCAGCAAGAUGUUCCUUGAGACGAACAAUUCGUACAAGGAGGCCUACUGGGAUACGCUCAAGAGGGAAGGAGACUGCUAUCGGGAGUGCGAUGACUACGACAUGGCCGUGCAAUCUUACCAGGAACUUUUGAGCCAGGAUGUUAGUGAAGCAUCCGCUGGGAGCAGGCUCCACUUACACGCACUUUUGGGGCUCUUUGAAACCUGGAGCAAAACGAAGAGCUUUCAAUCUAUCAUUGAUCUCAUUCGCGGCUGGAAAGAUGCGACAUCCAAGGGUCGUGGACCGACCUACUGGCUGCGAAAAGCAUCACGCGAACAUGCCCUUCAUAGAUACAUCAUUGUGGCUGCAAAGCAAGUUGGUGCCGCAGAAGAGAUCAUCUCUCUGUACCAGCAGGCCAUCGAUUACAACCCGCUGGAUAAACCUGCUGUCGAUGGCGAGCCAGGGAUGGACCUUUCUGCCGAAGCAACCACACAACUGCAGUACUUCCAAGCCGACCUCAUAUUCCAUGGAAGCGGGUCCAACAACGAUCACCUCCGGAGUAUACAAUUCUGGGAAGACAUUGUCCUACGAUCUGAUGACAACCCAGCGUCGUAUGUGACAGCAGGGAAUGCGGCUCGCAAGCUAGCUCUGGCUCUUCUUGACGUGGCAGUUGCGAAACUCGAAGAAGCUCCUUCGAGCUGUUCCGAAGAUUUCACGAUCCGAUUGGAGAAUCUCGUCAAUCAAAAUACGAAGAUAAUCUGUUACCUACGUCAAGGUUGUUUCGACCCUCGUCUCUGUUUGGCUCGAUUAUAUUGCGUCAAACAGAACCAUACAUCAGCCUCCGCGCAGGCGCAGGCUCGGCUUUACAGUGUCUUUGACAAGUGGCCUGAGGCUACUGACGAUGCGUCACUCGCCAUAAGGUUCUCAAACCUCGCUCAGACUUUGACUGUCCUCGAUAAAGAUGCUGAUGCCGUUGCAGCGUGGCAGGCGAUCGGACCCUACCAACCGUCGAGCACGACGAAUGCGAAAGCAAACGGGCCAGGUGCUGGAGAGCUUCCGCAGCCAAUAUCUGAGCUAUCCAACACGGACGGUGUGCCGGUGACUUCUGACAAGAACUUGGAAGACGGUCCAGCAGAAUCUCCAUCAACUACGACUGCGACGAAGGCGUACCUCACAGGAAAUAGUUGCGACGGAGGCUGCGGGACGGAAUGGACAGACAUGAUAGCCGACUGCUGGGUGUGCAAGCACUGUCUCGACGUCCAGCUAUGCCAGGGAUGUUACAAGAAACUUCUGGACGACGACCUGCACCCUCUCAUUUGUAACAAGAAUCACAAGAUGCUGUUAUUACCGCCCUUUGACUGGGAGGCGUGGCGCACUACACCGGCAGACAUGAUGAUUGUGGACAAGCAGCCCGUACCUCGCAAGGACUGGGUAGACAGGAUACGCAAAGAGUACAACGUGCAACAGGCAGAAAUUGAUUUCAUCAAGAUAGAGAAGGCUCGGGAGUUGAAAGCUGCCAGUAUCAUUGCACUGACUGCAGUGCGAUGGCGUAACAGGGUGCAGAGAAUUAGGGCCAGCAGGCCGGUGACGGCGCGUACGCUUCGUCGAGCCGAGCCACUGAGAUAG